CUUUCGCAUGGUCAUCAUAGUUAAUCAGGACGCUAAAAAAAAAAACUGCAAAACCAUUGCGUUUUGUCACACGCAUUAUAUCAUUUAAUGUGGAGUUUUUUACUUGAAUUAAACGCUUUAUCUUAUCGCUAUUGUAAAUUAGCUUUUUCGGCACUAAAAAAAAUAUAUUUGACGUCUCUUAAAUUUCGUGGUGCCUUGAAAAAAGAGGAGAAGCAGGAUUAUAGCAAAUUGUAGGUCACUGGGUGACCACUUGCAAGUGAGAAGAGGCGCUGCUCUCACUGCAUGCAGAGGUAAUUUGAAAGGUAGGGAUUCGCUCUUGUUGGACGGCGUGGUUUGUUUCAGUGGAUUUUGUGAGAUUGAGGAGGAUGGAGUCGCCGAUUUCCAUCCACUUUUGGAUACCACUCUUCAUAUUGGCAAUUUAUUUUUUAUUUAAAUUGUACAUCACGCUUGUGGUAUUCAAAGUCGUUUUCAAGUACCUCAUUUGCAAGUAUUGCAAAAAGGAGAGAGACCUCAGAAAAUGCUAUGGAGAGUGGGCCGUUGUGACAGGGGGAUCAUACGGUAUAGGAAAGUACUACGCUAUAGAGCUCGCAAAAAGAAAGAUGAACAUACUUUUGAUCUGCCGCAACGAAGAGAAAUUAAAAAUCGUCAGUCAAGAAAUAGGUGAAGCCCAUGGCGUUGAAACAAGAUAUUUUGCUGUGGAUUUAACCCAAGGUCAUGCGGCUAUAGACAGAGUAGAAACAGAAGUUCAAUGCCUGGAUGUUGGAAUUUUAGUUAACAAUUCUGGGUCACUGUGCGGUGUUCCUGGUAGCUUCUACAAGUUGACUCGCGAAAACAUUUGGAAUUCGCUGUCGUUAAACAUUUGCGCGCUGACGGAUCUAGUGCAUGUGAUAUUGCCAGGGAUGAGACAGAGAGGCCGAGGACUGAUAGUGAAUGUUUCGUCAGUGGCGGCAUUGAGCCCGAAUCCUCAUUCUCCUAUUUAUGCAGCCAGCAAAGCUUUUGUACAAAGUUUUUCCGAGGCGAUUCGCACAGAGUGUGAGGAGGUUGGAGUGGAGGUUCAAACUCUAUCUCCAGGAUUUAUGAGAAAUAGCUUUGGCAAGGGCAAAAGCUAUCGACUUCCCGCCUGCCUCAAUCCUACACCUCAGGCUUACGCCGCGAGUGCUGUCGCCACGAUUGGACACAUGAAAUGCACCUCUGGAAACGUGGCGCACGAAGUUCAGAGUGCGAUAUUUCAAUUCAUGCCCAUGAAUAUGCGGCAGAAAAUCAUGGCUUACUUCUUGGAGAAUUUACAAGACAAAUGUGGAAUAGAGGUAUAAUUAAUUAAGGAGUCUAUAAACAUCAUGAAGAAAAAAUACAAAAAAUCCUACAUCGUUGUGCUUUCCUAAAAAAGCUGGCAAACUGAAACAUUUUAUUCCUGUUUUAUUCCAAUAUUUCGCAUCAUUUGCCAUAAUCUCAUUUUCAAAUGUAAUAUUAAAUAAUAAAUUAUUAUUUCAACUGUUUAAAAGUACCUCUUGAAUCUUAUUUUCAUGAAUCAUUGCUCUGCACGCAUAGAAUAACUUGCAUGGUAAUAAUAGCAAUGCAGCAGAACGAUUACCAGCCACUACAUCCAAACAAUGGAAAAGUGGGGAGUUUAUACUUUCUCUCUGCAGAGCGGUGCAGGAUGAAAUUUCUCUUUCCUCUCGAAGACCGCGCGCCAGUUAAUCAGGCGAGAUCUGACACGAUGGAAGUGUUAUUUUGGAUAGCGUUUAUUUCAAUUGCACUUAUUGUGCUGGCUGUCGUCUCUUACUUUGGUUUGGUCAUCACUUAUAUUUUGUACCAUUAUUUCGUCUGCGCGCUUUUCAAACAAACCAAAGAUCUAAAAAAAUGCUAUGGCUCAUGGGCAGUGGUCACCGGCGGCUCUUACGGAAUCGGCAAAUAUUACGCAAUUGAGUUGGCCAAGAGAAAUAUGAACAUCAUGCUUGUCAGCCGCAGUGAAGAGAAAUUGAAAAGUGUUUCCAAAGAAAUUGCUGAAACUUACGGCGUUCAAUCUAAAUAUGUGGCUGUUGAUUUGGGUUCUGGUUUGGAAGCCACGCAGAAGGUCGCAAAGGCAAUAGAAGGAUUGGAUAUUGGAAUUUUGGUGAACAACGCAGGGACUUCGGGUGGACUGCCGAAUUAUUUUGCAAACUUGCCUCGCGAAAAUAUUUGGAAUCUGCUGAAUUUGAAUAUUUGUGCCCUAACGGAUUUGGUGCACAUUGUGCUACCACAGAUGAAGUCGCGUGGUCGGGGGCUGAUUGUGAACGUUUCCUCUGUAGCCGCCCUUGCACCGAAUCCCUUUUCAUCAAUUUACGCUGCCAGCAAAGCCUACGUGCACAGCUUUUCAGAGGCCAUUAAAGUCGAAUGCCAAGGAACUGGAGUGGAAGUGCAAACUUUGGCACCGGGCUAUGUAGACACCGAUUUCAUUCAGAGCAACGUUCACUUGUUGCCAGGACUGUUCAACCCUUCACCUGAGUCAUUUUCCAAAAGUGCCGUCGCCACUAUAGGCCAUAUGAAAUGGACCUCUGGCUAUUGGUCUCACGAAUUACAGAGCGCUUCUCUUCAGUUACUGCCAGAGUUUUUGAGGCAAAUUGUGAUGACUUUGUUUGUAGACACAAAAACUUACAAGAGCUAAAAAAACUACUGCUGCAAAAAUGCCAAUUAAUAUAAAUUAAUUUUUAGAGACUUGCACUUUCCUAUUAGAUAAAUUAGCAAAUUCUGUGUUAUUUUCUCAAAUUUAUAAUGGGAAAUGUUCUUAUGCUAAGUUAGUACCUGCAAUUCCCGUAAGCUAACUUAGCGU